AUGACCCACCAAACCCAUGCCUAUCAUAUAGUUAAUCCAAGCCCAUGACCACUAACUGGAGCUCUCUCCGCCCUACUUAUAACGUCUGGUCUUAUCAUAUGAUUCCACUAUAACUCAAUAUCCCUACUUAUGCUAGGACUCACAACUAAUAUAUUAACCAUAUUCCAAUGGUGACGGGACGUGAUCCGAGAGGGCACAUUCCAAGGACACCAUACCCCAAUCGUACAAAAGGGCCUACGAUACGGAAUAAUUCUAUUCAUCGUUUCGGAAGUAUUUUUCUUCGCAGGGUUCUUCUGAGCCUUUUACCACUCUAGUUUAGCUCCAACCCCCGAAUUAGGGGGAUGCUGACCACCCACCGGCGUCAUUCCUCUAAACCCACUGGAAGUCCCUCUACUUAACACCUCCGUCCUCCUAGCUUCCGGAGUCUCAAUCACUUGAGCCCACCAUAGCUUAAUAGAAGGAAAUCGUAAACACAUACUUCAAGCCCUAUUUAUCACUAUCUCCCUAGGUGUAUACUUUACAUUACUUCAAGCAUCCGAAUAUUACGAAACAUCCUUUACAAUCUCCGACGGAGUGUACGGAUCCACUUUUUUCAUAGCCACCGGAUUCCACGGUCUACAUGUAAUUAUUGGCUCCACAUUCCUUAUCGUAUGUUUCCUCCGGCAACUAUACUAUCACUUUACAUCUAAUCACCACUUUGGAUUUGAAGCCGCCGCAUGGUACUGACAUUUCGUCGACGUAGUCUGACUGUUCUUAUACGUCUCUAUUUAUUGAUGAGGAUCUU